AUGACGACCGCUAACAGAGCCACCCCUCGGUCCCCAGGACGUACACCGCCGUUUAUUUUAGUUGGCUUAUUGGUGAUUCUUGGCUUUUUGGCGUUCAGUUACUGGCGCCUUUCCAGUACCAACAGCCAGUUGUCUGCUGAGUUAGAAAGUCUCGAGAUCCAAAAGAAAGAAAUCGACAAGAAGAACGCAGAUGUUGAAAAAAAUAUAGAAAGUGCAAACGAAGAAUUGCGUUCAACACAAGGUAAACUUGAACAGCUACGAAAAUCUGCUGAGGAUAAGGAUGCUGAAAUUAAAAACCUGAAGGCGGAUUUGAGUUCUAAACAAGCUGAUAUAGAUAAAACGAAGAAUCUUUUGAGCCAGUGUGAUGCAAGUGUUGCAGAGCAGAAAAGCAGCUUGGAAACACUGAAAAAUGAGAAAGCAGAGCUGGAGAAACAAUUAAAUGAGGCAAAACAGAACCACCCUGUUUGUGAUAUUGCAGGCUGCACUGCUCCCAUCAGGGAAGUCCUGAAUGUUGCUGCAAAGUUAGUUGGCUCUGAUGCUUUAGGAAAAGUUUUAACUGAAGCUAAAUUUGAUGCAGGAAAGCUACUGGAAGGGAUUCAAGUUCCUGCACCUCAGGAAGUUAAAGUAGAGGAGCCAAAAAAGGAUGAGCCUCAAAAACAGCAAGCCCAAAAUCCUGCCGAUGUAAAGCAGCAGAAUGCCCCCGUCG